GGCGGGGCCUCGCCUCUUAGACUAACCGUGAUUGGUCGCCAGGAGACUUGGACGUGUCUCUCUGAUCAGAGCCCCAGAGAAAGAUAGUGUAGCGUGGUCACGUACUGUCCCGCACGAGGAACGGCGUUUUCCGGGCUGCUCUCGAUGGUAUCUUUGGACGGAUAGAGGGGGACCGCGCAAAGUAUUAUGGGACAAUAAUGGCCGCUUUGAAGGUGCGGGUUUUGGCUCUUUAAGGCGGUCUGAGUGAGGAGUGGCGGCGCCAGCGCCCGAGAAUCCAGGACAGAAGGUCCCGAGAUUCGGGCUUGGUGAGAGAAAUCCCAGAACCUGUCAUGGAGGACACCAGUGAGGAUGCCUCGAUCCAUCGAUUGGAAGGCACUGAUGUGGACUCUCAGGUUGGCGGUCUUAUUUUCAAGACCAAAAGUGCAUCUAGUGAGCAGCAUGUCUUCAAGGCCCCUGCUCCCCGCCCUUCAUUGCUGGGACUGGACUUGUUGGCUUCCCUGAAAAGGAGGGAGAGAGAGGAGAAGGAUGAUGGGGACGACAAGAAGAAGUCCAGAAUCUCUUCCUACAAGGACUGGGAAGAGAGCAAGGAUGACCAGAGGGAUGCUGAGGAGGAGGGCGGUGACCAGGCUGGCCAAAGUAGCCGAAAAGACAGACAUUAUCGAUCUGCUCGGGUAGAGACUCCAUCCCAUCCUGGUGGUGUGAGUGAAGAGUUUUGGGAACGCAGUCGGCAGAGAGAGCGGGAACGGCGGGAACAUGGUGUCUAUGCCUCUUCCAAAGAAGAAAAGGAUCGGAAGAAGGAGAGGUCGCGGGAUCGAGACUGUGAUCGCAAGAGAGACAGAGAUGAGCGGGACAGAAGCAGGCACGGCAGCAGAUCGGAGCGAGAUGGAGGAUCCGAGCGCAGUGGCAGAAGAAAUGAACCUGAGAGCCCCCGACACCGGCCUAAAGAUGUUUCCUGUGGAUGUGUCUUUUGUGGCCCAGAUGCAGCCACCCCUUCAAGGUCUACUUGGGAGGAAGAGGACAGCGGCUGUGGCUCCUCAAGGCGGUCACAGUGGGAAUCGCCCUCCCCAACGCCUUCCUAUCGGGAUUCUGAGCGGAGUCAUCGGCAGUCCAGUCGAGACAGGGACAGGUCUGUGAGGAGCAGGUACUCAGACGACACACCUCUGCCAACCCCAUCCUACAAAUACAAUGAGUGGGCCGAUGACCGAAGACACCUGGGGUCCACCCCACGGCUGUCCAGGGGCCGAGGGAGACGCGAGGAUGGCGAAGAAGGAAUUUCAUUUGACACAGAAGAGGAACGGCAGCAAUGGGAGGAUGACCAGAGGCAAGCUGACCGGGAUUGGUACAUGAUGGAUGAGGGGUACGAUGAGUUCCACAACCCCCUGGCCUACUCCUCCGAGGACUACGUGAGGAGGCGGGAGCAGCAUCUGCACAAGCAGAAGCAGAAGCGCAUCUCGGCUCAGCGGAGACAGAUCAACGAGGAUAACGAGCGCUGGGAGACCAACCGCAUGCUCACCAGCGGGGUGGUGCAUCGGCUGGAGGUGGACGAGGACUUUGAGGAGGACAGCGCAGCCAAGGUGCAUCUGAUGGUGCACAACCUGGUGCCGCCCUUUCUGGACGGGCGCAUUGUCUUCACCAAGCAGCCAGAGCCUGUGAUUCCAGUCAAGGAUGCCACUUCUGACCUGGCCAUUAUUGCUCGAAAAGGCAGUCAAACAGUGCGGAAGCACAGGGAGCAAAAGGAACGCAAAAAGGCCCAGCACAAACACUGGGAACUGGCUGGAACCAAACUGGGAGAUAUAAUGGGUGUCAAAAAGGAGGAAGAGCCGGAUAAAGCUCUGACAGAGGACGGUAAAGUAGACUACAGGACAGAGCAGAAGUUUGCGGACCACAUGAAGAAAAAGAGCGAAGCCAGCAGUGAAUUCGCAAAGAAGAAGUCGAUUCUGGAGCAGAGGCAGUACCUGCCCAUCUUUGCUGUGCAGCAGGAACUACUCACGAUUAUCAGAGAUAACAGCAUCGUGAUCGUGGUUGGGGAGACGGGGAGUGGUAAGACCACUCAGCUCACCCAGUACUUGCACGAAGAUGGCUACACGGACUACGGGAUGAUCGGGUGCACCCAGCCCCGCCGUGUCGCUGCCAUGUCGGUGGCCAAGAGACGUCUGUCCCUGGAGCUGGUCUGCAGAGGCCUGGACCCAGCUCAGGCGGGGUGUGCAGCGGCGAGCGGACACCCGGAGCUGCUGAGCCAUCUCCCUGGCCUGCAGGUGGGUUAUGCCAUCCGCUUUGAAGACUGCACUUCAGAAAGCACCUUGAUCAAGUACAUGACUGACGGGAUCCUGCUGCGAGAGUCCCUCCGGGAGGCGGACCUGGAUCACUACAGCGCCAUCAUCAUGGAUGAGGCCCACGAGCGCUCCCUCAACACCGACGUGCUCUUCGGGCUGCUCCGGGAGGUGGUGGCACGGCGCUCAGACCUGAAGCUCAUAGUCACAUCGGCCACCAUGGAUGCAGAGAAAUUUGCUUCCUUUUUUGGGAAUGUCCCCAUCUUCCACAUCCCUGGUCGUACCUUCCCUGUUGACAUCCUCUUCAGCAAGACCCCGCAGGAGGAUUAUGUGGAGGCCGCAGUGAAGCAGUCCCUGCAGGUGCAUCUGUCGGGGGCCCCCGGGGACAUCCUUAUCUUCAUGCCUGGCCAAGAGGACAUUGAGGUGACCUCAGACCAGAUUGUGGAGCAUCUGGAAGAACUGGAGAAUGCUCCGGCCUUGGCUGUGCUGCCCAUCUACUCCCAGCUGCCUUCUGAUCUCCAGGCCAAAAUCUUCCAGAAGGCUCCAGAUGGCGUUCGAAAGUGUAUUGUUGCCACCAACAUUGCUGAGACCUCUUUGACUGUGGAUGGCAUCAUGUUUGUUAUUGAUUCUGGUUACUGUAAAUUAAAGGUCUUCAACCCCAGGAUUGGCAUGGAUGCUCUGCAGAUCUACCCCAUCAGCCAGGCCAAUGCCAACCAGAGGUCGGGGCGAGCUGGCAGGACGGGCCCAGGUCAGUGUUUCAGGCUCUACACCCAGAGCGCCUAUAAGAACGAGCUCCUGACCACCACGGUGCCCGAGAUCCAGCGGACCAACCUGGCCAAUGUGGUGCUGCUGCUCAAGUCGCUGGGGGUGCAGGACCUGCUGCAGUUCCACUUCAUGGACCCGCCCCCGGAGGACAACAUGCUCAACUCCAUGUAUCAGCUGUGGAUCCUCGGGGCCCUGGACAACACAGGCGGUCUGACCUCGACUGGGCGGUUGAUGGUGGAGUUCCCGCUGGACCCGGCCCUGUCCAAGAUGCUCAUUGUGUCCUGUGACAUGGGCUGCAGCUCUGAGACCCUGCUCAUCGUCUCCAUGCUCUCGGUCCCAGCCAUCUUCUACAGGCCCAAGGGCCGAGAGGAGGAGAGCGAUCAAAUCCGGGAGAAGUUUGCUGUCCCUGAGAGUGACCAUCUGACCUACCUGAAUGUCUACCUGCAGUGGAAGAACAACAAUUACUCUACCAUCUGGUGUAAUGAUCAUUUCAUCCAUGCCAAGGCCAUGCGGAAGGUCCGGGAGGUGCGAGCUCAGCUCAAGGACAUCAUGGUGCAGCAGCGGAUGAGCCUGGCCUCGUGUGGCACUGACUGGGACAUUGUCAGGAAGUGUAUCUGUGCUGCCUAUUUCCACCAGGCAGCCAAGCUCAAGGGGAUCGGGGAGUAUGUGAACAUCCGGACGGGAAUGCCCUGCCACCUGCACCCCACCAGCUCCCUCUUUGGGAUGGGCUACACCCCAGACUACAUCGUGUAUCACGAGCUGGUCAUGACCACCAAGGAGUACAUGCAGUGUGUGACUGCUGUGGACGGAGAGUGGCUGGCAGAGCUGGGCCCCAUGUUCUACAGCGUGAAACAGGCAGGAAAGUCUCGGCAGGAGAACCGCCGACGGGCCAAAGAAGAAGCCUCUGCCAUGGAGGAGGAGAUGGCACUGGCCGAGGAGCAGCUACGGGCCCGGCGGCAGGAGCAGGAAAAGCGCAGCCCUCUGGGCAGUGUCAGGUCUACAAAGAUCUACACUCCAGGUCGGAAAGAGCAAGGGGAACCCAUGACCCCUCGCCGCACGCCAGCCCGCUUUGGGCUCUGAGCUGAGGCUGUCCCUGCAGAGGGGGGCCAGGUGUUGAGUCCCGAGCCCCGUGGCUGGAGCGCUCAGGCCUGCCGACAAAACCCUUUCAUCUUUGUGCUUUCAUCUGUGUACAUCAUGGCCCUGGGGGCACGGGUUGACCCAGGCUCUGCCAUGGAGGGGGUAGAAGUUCCACGGUGCAGGCGUGGGACCGCGGAGCAGCUGCCAGGACCACGAGAGGUGGCUGGACCCACCAUAUCCAAAUAAACCCGGGACACUUGCUGUAUAAAUGACAUGGCUGUGACUGUGUUUUUUUUAAAUUCUUGCAUAAAACAGCACAGUAGACCUAGAGGGAAUUAUAAUUUGGUUAUAAGUCAGGAUUUGGAAAUAAAUUUAUUGUUUGUAAA